AUGGCAUUAGGCGACAACUUCACCUGGAACUGGCUCGUCGACGAGACGCCAACUUUCUGCGGUGCUCGAGGGCAGGGCCCACAAGAGCUCAAGGUGCAUUGGCCCGGUCUUAACCUGCGCUUCUUCGCCGCCUUCCCUCACCUCGACGUACUACAUAAACCGGGACAGCCCCCUAUUCGCAAGCGAUUGAAGACUUGGCUUAACAACCAUGGACGGCCGGGGGCACUUGCUCUACGUUACAAGCCCGUCAACGGCGUUGGCCCACUUCAUCCCGCGCACAACCCCCAGAACAUGCCCGCUGCAGUCAUAGCCGACGCGGACGUACCACCGGCACCAGCCGACACCAACCCUGCACCAGCGGACGCUCUCGGGCUAACUCUCGAUGCUCCGCCACCAGCACCGAUGCCGGCCAACGUGUCUAUAGCUACUCCCACUGGGGAGUUGGCGGAUGGUACACUGGCUCAUCCACCGGUCGAAGGGCCAGCACUAGCAGCGCUCCCAGCGCUGUCAGCGUCCCUGCCAGCACAGCCCGGACAGUUUGACUCCGGCGAGCCUUUACAUCCCGUCGACGAUGGUACCGUCCCUCCCGGAGGUGCGGACACCAACCCUGCCUCCAGCGCGGGCAAGGCAGCAGCCGCGACGACCACGGACAUGACGAUCACCGCCACAACUGCGGCUGCUUCGCCGUCUACAUCACCAUCGACGACGCGCAUCCUCGUGGGACCUUCGACAAACGGCGAGCAAGUCAGUAUCAUUGGCACGCACGUACCCGUCGUCGACAAUACGGCGUUGAAAGGCAAAGGGCGCGCAGGCCCUCGCAAGCGACGCACCAAGAAGGAGGAUCCCUUCAAGAUGGGCCGACAGAAAAACGCCGCCGAGAUAUAUUACGACUAUUACUUUGACAAAGUAAUAUCGGACGAAGCGAACAAGACCUUCGACGGCGUCCAGGACAAGUGGCUGCAACACACCAUCGCCAUUGGGAAGGCCCUCUACGCCAAAGCGGAACCAAGAGUGCGUCAGCGUUGCGAGGCCAUGGCGGCGGGAAAACCAGAUCCUUGGGGCAAGCCGGCUGGCAUGCACGAUGAAGAGUACGAGCGCAUUGCAAAGCUGGAGCGCAUGGAGAAGCUACUCACCGCCGCUGGUCCGAAGUUCACCAAGAUCCUCGACGAGUUCUGCAGCAAACUCGAGGGAGAAGCUGUCGCUAGUUUGUUUAUCGCCGCGCGUCAGCCAAGCAAGGGCGGUGAAGUUCAAACAUUCACCUGGCAUACGGAGCUACCAGAUGGUCGGAACUUCACGGGACUCAAUAACUUCCGCGAGCUUGUCAAAGACAAGCAUAAGGAGUUCGGCCAGGCUGUUUUUCCUUCCCACCUUGCACCGGCAUGGGCUUUGCCAGGUACUGAGAGAACAACGGUUGACGCGGUAGCUGGACCGUCCCGCGCCAAUAGCGUUGGUGCAUUUUCGCGCGCGUCGAGCCUAGCCCCGCGUGGCAGAGUUGCGCCGUCGCGCGAGCAGAGCCUAGCGCUCGAAUGCCCGGAGAACGUCCAUACGGAUUAUAGCCCUCCGCUGCCAGACUCCUUGCCACCGACACCAUCUCCGUUGCCCUCGCCCUUGCCGUUUCCUACCCCGGAGACCGUCGCUGUGCAGCUCCCUCCGAUCCCGAUUAUAGCCGAGGAAGACAUCGAGAUGUUGACCCCCGACCAUGCCGAAGGUUCAAGUCUUGAAGACGACGAGGGUGACUGGGAGGAUGAGAGCGAUGAUGAGUACCCGGGAAUACCGAAGACGAGGGAGAACGGCUCACGAUACUCGGACGUGGAGCGCAAACGCAUGUUCAAUAUCGACCGCAACAAGGGUCUUCUUGAUGCGCUGAGCCUCCGUCACGCAGCCAGCAAGAUGAUGGCGGGUGUCACGAGCAAGACGGCAUCGGGGAGUAAGGCAGCGAAGAACGCGAAGACCAAUAAGCCAGCGAGUUCAACGCCCGCUCGCCCGCGCUCGCACCCAGUACCCAUUCGCACGAUACAAACCCGCCGCUCUGGCAGAGUUGUCAGCCCUUCGUCCCCUUUGGUGAAUGAGAUAGUGGAUGGAGACGUACCGGUCGCGUCCACCGCUGAUGGUGGGAACGGGAAAGAGGAUGCGAGCAAUGUAGAGGGCGCCAUGGACGUCGACGCGGAAACUGCAUCGAGUGCUCAUGGGACCCAGGCACCAUCCACGCCCGAGCGGUCAACAGCUAGCGCCUCCACGCCCGGCGCGCCUUUGACACCCAACAACCUCGUUGUCCCUACGCAUGCGCCGAUCUCGCCUACUCCCGCGCCGAGAGCCACCUCUCCCGUGCCGAGGGUCACCUCUCCCGCUCCGAAGCUGCCCGUUACGGGUGGAUCCUCGCUUGCGGGUGUAACGCAACGCCCGCAGUGGUUCCGGGAAUACCAUACGUUUAUGUCGGACGCUAUGAAUGGUAUUGGCGGGGAGAGCGGUCCACUGGCGAACACGCAAGGGGCCUGGGGAAGGGUGGAAUUAUUCUGGGAAAUGAGUGAGCUCUCGAACGGGUUUGAGUUAGGCAAAAGCGCCGCGUACCGCCUUUCUACGGCCGGGCGUCCCGCUGUCUUUCAAAAAUGGCAGAGCUCGGGGCGGAGAGAUAAAGAGACAAAUACGCUCACCAUACCGGACAUCGAGGACCUAUCAGCGUUCACGGAGGAGGCUCGUCAAUAUUGGAUGAGCCUUCAGCCUGCCUUCCGUCGCCCUACGGAUGGCAGCGAUUGGCCGCCGGUUAUCGUUGCCAACCAUGGCGAGAUUGAGUUCGCGCAGUUGCGCAGAUACGGGACGUCGGGCUUGUUGGUGGUGUUGCUGUUGAUCUUGUGGUGGAGAAACGCCAUUACGGAGAGUGAUGGACGUGGCCGCAAAGAAUGGGUGUCCUUUGUAGAGGACGUAGCUUGGGUGUUGGGCGAGAUGAUGCGCACGGAGAAGGAGUUCAAGGCGCAAGUCGGCGAGAAGCGCGCGGCGGUUGAAGACGCGACGUCCUCUCCGGCCACUAAGCGGUCCCGCCCCCUUUCGCGCGCGUAG